CUUCUUUUCUUUUCUAUUCUAAACUCCCAAACUACAGUGAAGUCGAGUGCUGAAAGUCCUGUGUGCAAUUGAUCGAUCAGUAGCUUGCAAUCUGUUUCAACCUCCAGCUGAUCCUAUCUUGCUCUCUGGCUUUUAAUGUUUCAUUCAACACAUUAGAGUCAUGCUGUGUAUUAUGAGCAUAUGAAAUGUGUGCCCAGCUAAGUUUGGGAAGAGAACAAUUAGAGAACAUCAUCGUACUCAAGUCCUUCAGUCCUCCAGUCAACUUUGUCUAGACUGCAUGCAUCUCGCUCAAUGUGGUACACAAAUCCCGUGGAGUUGCCUUUGUGAAGCUAUAUCCUAAUUGUCAAGUUAAAUUCCUGUUAAUCCUUUGUACUAACUGCUAGUGAUUACUAUCCCAAAAACACUAAUCAUGAUAUAUGUGACUGUCUCAUUAGACCCCACAAGACGCAAAUAACAAUUUCAUUAUCCCUCAAGACACAGAUAACUGUCUGCUAAUGGUUACCAUUGCAAAAAUACUAACCAUGAUAUACAUUACUGUCUGGUUAGACCCCAAAAGACACCAAAAAAAAAAAAAACAAUUUCAUUACCCUUAUACUGCUUGAAGUAACAAUCUCAUUCCUGUUAAUCCUUUGUACUAACUGCUAGUAGUUACCAUCACAAAAACACUAAUCAUGAUAUAGGUAGCUGUCAUAGUAUGAGCCAAACCAGUAGCUUCUUAUCAUUCUCAAGAAUUGAAGUCCUUUAUUAGCGCAGAAGUAAUUUUGUUUACAGCUUUAAUCAGGGCUUUGCUGGAUGUUGUGUCUAAUAAGUUGAUGGCGGACAAAUCUAUUAGCUUGCUAAAGUUAGUAGAACAAAGAGCAUCACGGAAGGAGGAGCUGGAGGAAGAGAAGAGAAAGCGACAUGAGACCCUUAUUCCUUAUCUUCCAACAGAAUGCAUAUCAAAUAUACUUGUUCGACUUCCUCAUGAAUCUCUCCAAAGAUCUAGGUUUGUCUGUAAGACAUGGUACAGGAUUAUCAACAGCACCAUCUUCAUUGAAGCCUAUCUCCAACGUUCUGAAAGUGUCUUAGUUUUUCUACAUCCUUCAAAAAGAGAUACUUUUUUUCCUUAUAGCAGGCCUAACUUGCAAGAAAAACCGAAUGCUUUUUCUGUUGAAUCUAAGCUUUUUCAAUUGCAAUCUGUGCCUGUACGUCAGCAACCUCUUAUAGAUCCAUCCUUGUUACUUCACAUCAAGUUCAUGGAAAUUGAGAAUGGCAAGAUGAAGAUAGAAGAGUAUAAUACCACUUGUCUGGGAACAAUUAGAGCAGCUGGCGGUGGUCUAAUUGUACUUGAUGACAAGAUGAAAAAUGGUGGAUUAAUAGUUAUGAAUCCUGUUACUAAGGAAUUGACUGCACUUCCCUCGGGUAGUUUAUGUUCUCCUCAUAAUGAAUCAUAUGGACUUGCAUUUUGCCAGACUACCAGGAAUUUCAAACUGGUUCACUUGUUUCAGGGCGAGAUGCAAUUUGUUAGCUGUGAAAUCCUUGAUCUUGGAGCUAAAUCAUGGAGAAUAGUCGAUGGACCUGCAUUCAGAGCUUUCCGCUGGUUUGUAUAUGAUCCAGUUUUUGCAAUUGGGGCCAUACAUUGGGUUCCAAAAACUAUGCAUAGUAAGUACCUAGUGUAUAUGACAGUGGAUGAUGAGAAGUUUCAUCGUAUACCUCUCCCGAGAAGAAGUAAACUUCACGAUAGGGUUAUGGAAAUGCAUGGGGGUCUUGGAUUUGUGACUCGUAAAAAGUUGUGCCGAAUUGAUGUGUGGAUCUUGAGGAAUUUAUGUGGUGAUGGUUGGACAAAGCAAUAUAGCAUCACAGUGGAUUGCAACAGUCAUCUGAUCCCUCUUUACUCUUCAAGGAUUUGUGGCGAAAUGAUUUUUGAGGAUAAAGAUGGCUCUUUAUAUGCUUAUGACUGCUCUUUGCAAAAUAUGAGAAAAGUAGAAAUGCAGGAGGGAAGUUUUCCAGUUGUUGGCCACUAUUUUGCACAUGUUAAUAGCCUUCUCUCAUGGAAGAUCCAGGGUAACGUGAUUGACUAGCAUAUUCCCUGUUAUUAGUCUGGUGUCUGCAUCCAGAAAUCAUUUUUAAUGGAGAAGUUGUCCUGCAGAGUUGAGUGUCGACUUUGCAUUCUUCCUCUAAAGCAUGUAAAUUUUAGAUAUAUAUAUCUAAACAUUUAUCUGCUUCAGGUUAUUUCUCCCUUUGCUUGUAUAUAAUUAGCCAAAACAAUACUGAUGUAUAUAUAUCCUCUUCAACUUUUUUGGCGCACCUGGACAGAAAUGAAAAUCUGUGCAUGUUUUUGUGGUUGUAUA